AAACAAACGAGUAGCUGCAAAAGUUCUCUCUCUCCCUCUCUACCUCUCUUUGUGCGUUCUGCUCUUUCUAGUUUCUACUUCGUGCCUUUUUCACUUCUGCUAGAGAUCAGAAUCAAGAUACAUGGCCAAGGAAGUGGACUUAAAGAAGAUUGAAUUGAAAGUUACGGUCGAUUGUUGUGAUGGGUGUAAGAAGAAAGUUAAAAAGGUACUACGAAGCAUUGAAGGGGUUUACAAGACAGAAAUUGACCCAGUGCAGCCCAAAGUGACGGUUGUCGGGAACGUGGAGCCACAGACUUUGAUAAAGAAAUUACUAACACUUGGAAAACAAGCAGAGAUAUGGAGACACGAGAACCAGAAUGCGGCAAAAGAGAAGAAAGAAGUAGAAGCCGUGAUAGCAAGAGAGCAAGACAGAGAAAAAUCAAAACCUGAGAGCGAGCAGGCAAAAUGCUUCGACAUAAGCGCCACUGCUGCUAAUAAGAUCAAAGAGAGUGCAUAUGUCGAGGAGGGAGGCAUCAACAAAUCAUCCAAGAGGGAUCAGAAGGAUAAAAACUGCAAGUCCAAAACCUCUAGCCCUGAAGACAUCAAAAUAGAAAAAACUCUUCCCGCUCAGCAAGAAGUAACUUGCAUGAUACAUCCAAGCAUGUCGUAUGAUAAGGGUAAAGUCAGGACCGACGCACAUUAUUGCUACAUGGUUGAACCUUACACAAUCGCCUUACCCUAUUAUGCAGUACAUCCAUAUCAAGUGCCUACUCUCUCUCCACCGUGCUGCAGACAGGAUCACAGCUACUAUGGAGGGCCAGUGUGUCAACUAUCAGUCCAGAUGCCGGUAGCAAAGGCUGGUGACUACUUCAGUGAUGAGAAUACCACUGGAUGUGAUGUGAUGUGAGCAUUCAAAAGAAAAGAAUCGCGAAAGGAAUGCUUUCUUCCUGUGAACUUCUAACUAUGACUGAAUGCCUGGUUUAAGGAUGAAUCAGCAAGCCUUUUUGUAGUCCACUACUAAAUGAGAUUUUUGUUUCUUCUUCCUUCUAUGUAAACGAAAGCAGCAAUUAUGAAGAAAGACUAUCGGUAAUU